UACUUCAUACUUUUAGCCUGUAUUCUCAAAAUUUUCAUUGGAUGGUGAGUCGGGGAAGAAAAUAUUUUUAGUGUGUUAAUGAAGUUAUCCCAAAGGCGCAUAUACUUUUCUUGUAGAUGUAGGCAAGCACUUUUUAAUUCAUCCUCUGAUAUAAAAUAGUCUAAAGUGAGUGAGUACUUGCUUCUGCAAUUAAAGACAUUAGCUACCUCUCCCAUUCAUCGAAAAAAUCUCUUCAUGUCACCGGAAAGCAGAUGUGGACCAUUCGAACAUGUCAAAUUGGAAGGAAGGAAUCUCGGUGCAUCAAUGAUGGCACGUCGUGGUGUCUGUUCUAGUGACUGUUGCUGUAUAAACAUCUACAUUAACAACAACAUUCAGGGUGUUAACAACUCCUUCCUGUUUGGAAGCAAGGUGAAGAUGGGAGAUCCAGGUGUAUCCUUUUCCAUGAAAGAUGUGAAGUUUCAUAGAGGGAAGAUGGGGACCAAGAAGAUAAAGGGGGGAAAUUCGCCUAACAAAAGAAUUAAUCGGAUCAUGACACUUGGCAAAGUUAAGAAUGAGGAAAUGCUGGCCACAAUCUGGGGAAAUUGGGAGGGAUCAUCCCGGUACGAUUUAAAGCAAAUCAUUGCACAAGCAUAAUGCGGCUCCGCGAUAGGGUGGCCUUUCCUCGGGAAGGUAAUCUUUCUGUUGGACGUCAUCAUAUCUAUUCUCGGAGAGGUCAAUAAUUAGUCUCGAGCUUUGCACCAACAUGCCUUCAAUCAGUCUGAAGUGAAGCGUUAGAACGUAGGCAUGUGCUACUAGAUAACAUUUUCAGUAUUAAGCGUGCAAUCGUUUCACAUUUAAGUGACGGUUCAACUUGUGUGACCUAAUAAACAAGCUUCUCAGAAGAAUAGAAUGAAUUAGAAAAAUUUCA